AUAUAAGUUACGUUUUCUACUCAAAAUGAGCACUUUUUAUUUCACAAAAGUUCCACCAGAGGAGCAAAUGUAUGCAGAUAUCAAGUCACUCAACAAGUUCGAAGAAAAGGCAUUUUGUCAACUCCUGGACGUUGUAUUUUCGUUUCUCGUUUCGCCAAAGGAAGGGACUAGAUUCAUGUCUCAGGUUGCGGAGUUUGCGUCCGAACAUGGAAUAAGCUCUAACCCACUCAAAAAUGUUGUCAAAAGUUUACUCAGCUUCUUCAAGAGUGCGCUGAAAUGCAACUUGACCCCCGCACAAGUGAAGGAGGACGUGGAACAUCUUGGUAAGGACUAAACAACCUUCCUUCCCCUUCCCCCCUUAUCUCAUAUCUUGUGCCCCUGGUAGAGCCACUGAAAGGUAGCUGAGACGCUAAGUGCCAAACAUUUCUUGGGAAAAUGAGGUUUAUUUGGGUGUGAAUGAAAGUCAUUUUCAAAUCAAUAGUUUCGCACUUAGCCUCACUUUGAAACAGAGGCUUGAGGCAAUUUGGAAAUAGCCUAUUCCAACUAUUUGCCAUCAACUUUUGGCAUUAUAGGAAGUCUUUUCUAGGAAAAUAAAGUAGAUAUAAAGGCAGGUAGGACCUACUUCUUUGAUUAAAUUUUUUCAAACCAUGUUCUGGCUCCAGAGAUUGAACAUGUGAGCAGACCCUUGCUGCAGUAAAAGAGCAGUCUAACCCACCCCAACCUUUUUUCCUCUUUUGUGUUUAAAAGGUCUUUCUGCUGAUAACUCCCCCCAUGUGUCUGAAAGAUGGAAAACAAACCUUAUUGCCCUCUCAAGAUCAGUUGUUGGUCAGACAUUCAUGGUCAAUCAACUUGUUGACAUGGAAUGGAAAUUUGGUGUAACAGCAGGAAGUAGUGACUUGAAAGUCGUGGGACAGACAUUUUUGCAGCUAAAAAUGGUUGUUGAUCGAGGUGGUGUCCAGGAAGACGUGUUCAUGGAAUUGACCCUGCCACAGUUUUACUCAUUUCUUCAUGAGAUGGAAAGAGCAAAGUCCACACUCGAAUUUUUCAGUUGAGAUAGGUAGGUAGGUAUUUGUUUGGUCGACUCUUGUAAAGACAGACACUUUUGAAAUCUUAAAUACCAGUAUAUGUCACCAUGUGUCCAUUUUAGAUAGGGAGUCUAUCAUAUUAGUGAUUAAUAAUAAUUAGAGUUUACUUGUGUGUGUAUUCUGCCCACAGGCAGGUCCUUCCUUAUAGUUCUCUAUCUAAGGCGUGCCUCUUGACUGCUACAUCAGGGCUACCAUUCUUUAUGUAUAAGAGAAAAGAGUUAAUGUAUAAAAGGAAAAAAACCUAAGAAUGAAAGGGAUGAACUCUGCACAGCUCCUCUAAUGGGGCCUCUACAGGCUGUGCCAGGAUCAACUAACCACAAAAAAAUAACAGUCUUAAAAUAAUGUGACCCAACACUGCAUGGAAUUUAUUACUCACUACUUUUAAUGUGCUUUUUAUAUACAUUCAAGCAGUUCAUGUUUUAUCAAGUCUAAAAUGCCAAGAGGUUUAAGGCUUGAUUAAAAAGAACCAUUAGAAAUAAAUCAGAAAGGUGUUCUAUAUGCACACAUCGUUCAUGCUUUCAUAAAAUAAAUUAUUUUAAAACAUUAAUGGGCACACUAGUAAAUGUAUGAUAAAUGCAGGUGUUAAAAGUCUUGUUGACAAAUUAAAGAGCCUGAAUUUGUUCGAUGGCCACACCUAUGAGAAAAAUUAAUCAAAAAAUAACAAAGCAUUGGUAAGCCAUAUAUUUCAACAGAGUUGUAUGCUUAAAUCCCUCAUUUCAAUGAGCGGCUCCUGCUUUUCACUUGAAAUAUGAUGUUAAAUCUCGUAAGUAUAUACAUCAUAGGGAGAGACCCAAGUGUACCAACUGUAUAAUUUUUGGGUGUUAUACAUUCCCAAGGAAACAUCCAUACAACGGCAGUAUUUUUACCAUAUUUUCAAACUCCCACAGUG